AUGUCGUCGCACGUCGCUCAGGCAGCAAAAGCUGCGUUGACAAGACCGUCCAACGAGCGUCUUUUGGCUCUACGCAAGCUACAAUGCUCCAUCUUCUCGACAACGUUCAACCCAAACUCUGUAAGGACCGGCGCAAAGUAUCUAAAGGGACGGGUCAAAGGAGAAAAACUUGUCGCAUAUUAUCCACCGAAAGACCUUACAUUCAAGAAUGUUCAGCGCAUGUUCCCCGAAUUGGGCCUCGAGGAUCUCGACGAGAGACAGCGGAUUGCCGAUUUGGCUCUGCGUAAAUCUAGAGGAAAGGGACCACCACCCAAAGCAAACUCGCCAGAGGAGAGCCGACGUGCGGCAAAGAAGAAGCGAUAA